GGUAUUUCUCAGUUCUAAUUUGUAAUAUUUGAUGAAUGGAAGUCUUGAUUUGUAUGUACUGAACUUAUUUGUUUGACGUUGUAACCGGUGUACGUGAAACUAUUUUAAUGUAAUUGUGUGACUUUAGAGUAUUGCGUUGUUGACUUUUUGUUUAAUUUAAAGUUGACUUUUCUAUUGUAUAGGUGAUUUUUUAUGAUAUGAUAAAGACACCCCCUUAGCCAAUUUCCUGGCUCCGCCACUGGGCUCUGCCGCGGCAACCUGCUGCGUCGGCGGCUGCGCAUCCUGCUGAUCAGGUUCAGGUCCACCUUCCGUCUUUUGCUUUUUGGGCAAAGGAGGUUCUUCCAUCGCUUUUGCCUGAUCUAGGGCUUUUUCGUUUUUCCUCCCUCUAUUCGAGCGUUAUUUUUUGUUGCCGCCGGCGUACGUGGCACUUGUUGCAUGCACGCAUAAAAAAACAGCUAAAGCGAACCCUAGUCAUCUCCGAAGAAGAAAAAAGUUAGUCCAUUAACGGCCCAAUGAUGAGCCCAUACUACUUCGUGGGGCAAGAGAUCAAGUUGGCAACACUUCUUCAAACUUUAGCGGGCCCAGAUCCAAUGCUAAUGUUUCAUCCACGUUCUGCGAAAUUCAUCGUUUUUUUUUUAAAUAUUCAAAUCGGACGAAAGCCCGGAUACAUAGUCAAAGAACAGAACAAAUCUCAUCCAGAUGGAACGAGAUAAUCUCCCGCAUCGGACUUUGGCAGCUUCGAUCCGACAGCUCCUCAAUCGCCAAUGGGAGGUUCGAACAGAACAUGUCUUUCGCGAAAGCAAUUAUGUUGCUGACUUCAUGGCUUCGGAGGGACACUCGCUACCUACAGGGAUACAUGUUGUGGAUACCCCGGGACCUAGGUUACGCUACUGGUUGUUGUUCGAUUCUCUUGGUGUACAAACGCCUCGUUUUAUUAAUGAUAAAGGGUUAGAGCGCCCCUCUGCGCUCUGUUUUUCACAAAAAAAAAAAGAACAAAUCCACGGGCGAAAGUCGACAAAUCGUCGAACUUUCGAUGAGAGCGUUUUUUGCCACAAAAUGAGCUGCCCUAUUAACUCAAUAAGUAACAUGCGAGCAAGAACAAAACUCAAAGGAUCCUAACAAACAAUGAUCAUCUUCUACGGUUGCACCACCAGUCCCAUGAUGAGAUACACCCGCCAAGUGUCGCCACAUAAUCAGUCGUGAAUUCCAUGCAAUUUGAGCAAAAGAAACCAUGUGUGAGGCACCAAUCCAAGGCAUCCCUCCACGUCAAUAAUUCUGCAAAAAAAGAAUCAUCGAUACUUGCAGAAAACUUACCCAUUGCGAACUGAAUCACGCCGAAAAGAUCACGCCCAACAAAAGCAGUCCCGACACCUCUCCUCCAGUGGCCAAAGCCAUUAACGCCUAUCGGCAGUCAAAUAAUCUCCCCAUUCGUCGGUAAGACUUUGUCAACCAGUCUGCAACUACUUUGAAGCCCCCUGCAAAAUGUUAGCCGGCAACCACAAAAAUAUUGCAUAGAUGGAGGCAAUUAACUACUAGAGCGCACAAUGGCGCGAGAAAGAGAAUGAACAGGCAAAACUUCUGCAACUCAUGGCUAACGGCAAGGCCUCCGAGUCGAUCUCUGAAUCCCCACCGCCAUGUCGAUCUGCAGAAUCCUCCACCGGCCACCGCAUCGAUCUUCCACGCCCCCGCCGAUCUCGGAAUCCCACCUAAUGUCUAUCUGCAGAAUCCCGCAGUCCGCAGCGUCGGGUCGAUCUCCAAAUCCCCAACCGUUGGCGAUGGAAGUUCUUCAGGCCGGUCAAAAAGCAACUGCUAUUGAUUGAAACCGCCGGAUUCUUGUCGCCGGAGGAACGCUGAACUCGUUCGCCAUAAUACCCCGCCGGUUUGCCCCUUUCCUUCCACUGUACGCUCCAUAGUCGCCGUGUAUCAAAAGUUGCCGCCGAGGACAGAGAACUUUAAAAGUUGAACUUAUUUGUCUUCCUAAAACAGUCCAUUGAAUCCAUCGUUUAACUUCCCUGAUUGUAUUAGUCAUAUUUGUUGAAAACCACUUAAUACCAAUAACUUGAGUUAUUGGAAGAGGUACCUAACUACUUUUGUUAAGCUCACUUAAAUGAAAGCAUACUCUUGGAGUUGAAAAUUGCACAGGGUCGUCAUACCAUGUGCUUAAGACAACAGUUAAUAUUGGCAGUGGCGGACCCAGGAUAUUGGGAUAGGUGUGCCAGUUCAUAAAAAUAAGUUAAAAAUAUCAAUUAAUUUAUUAAAAAUCAAUAUAAAUUUUAUUCAUAAAGUCCACCAAAUUUAUUGUUUUUUAUAGUAAAUCACAAUGAAUUUUUAUAUUCUGA